AUGGCUCUACGUGGUGCUUUUGACGGUCUUUUCCCAAAAGACAAUCCCAAAAACACUCGAUUUGCAAUCAAUUAUUUUACCAGUAUUGGAUUAGGUUCACUGACUGAGGAUCUACGUGAGCAUCUCAAGAAUGCACCCAAGUUGAUUCUGCAGCAAAAACAAGCUAUUGAUUCUAGCUCUGAUUCUUCGUCCGAUAGUGACUCGGAUUCUUCAGAUUCCGACUCCGAGUCUGAUUCAAGUGGCAGUCAAGACUCAUCUAGCAGUUCAUCCAGUGAUUCAUCCAGUGAUUCUUUGAGUGGAUCAGAGACUGAUACCAGUGAUGCUGGCCAAAAACAAUCUUUCAAUCGAAGGCGCGCUUCCCCAAAAAGUACUCAAAACAGAUCAAAUCAUAGUCCACGUUCUGUCCGUCGUGUUGCCAGUCAUCAUUUAACUCGGUCGACUUCUCCACAUCGUCGUGAUCGUUCUAUUAGCUCAGGUGCUCCUUUUAAAAAUGAUACUGAUCGUAACAAAAAUCAGAGUCGUGAUCGUUAUAGAGAACGAAGCAGAGAUCGCAGUAUUGCCAGAGGCAGAGAUCGCAGCAUUGACAGAGGCAGAGAUCGCAGUAUUGACAGAGGUAGAGAUCGCAGCAUUGACAGAAACAGAGAUCGCAGUAUUGACAGAGGUAGAGAUCGCAGUAUUGACAGAGGUAGAGAUCGCAGCAUUGACAGAAACAGAGAUCGCAGCAUUGACAGAGGCAGAGAUCGCAGCAUUGACAAAAGUAGAAGCCGUAUUCAUGAUCGUAGUCGGUCCCGUAGUGUGAAUCAUCGUUUGGAUCGUGUUCGUAAUUAUCGUCAGAGUUCUAGUCGAGACCGUAGUAGAUCUCGCAGCAUUGAUCGGUCUCGUAACCGCAAUCAUGGUUUAAACACGAGCCGCAGCAGAUCACCAAGUAUCCAUCGUCGUCGUCGAUCACCUUCUCAAUCUCCUCGCUCACGUAGCCCACCUGGUAGAGCUACUCGUAAGCGUCUUUCAAGACGAUCACCCUCCUUAUCACCAUCUGAAUCUUCAUCCAGUUAUCGUGGUGAGUAUCGUCGUAAGCCUUCCCCUGACUCAUCCGUUUCUCCUGCACAUCGCCGAGCCGUGCAUCGUAGCGAUUCUCGGGAUCGCAAACGCAGCAGAAGAGAUUCUUGAUGAUUCAAACAUGGAUUAAAACAGCCCUCAAUGUGUCAGGCCAUACAGUUGAAUACUUUUAAAUGAAUUCUGUCUAUUUU